AUGACAAGCCGGUGCUACGCAGUGUCCGUUGGAAUCCCCACAACCAAAAGAUCGUUGCCGCUGCUGGUGGCAGUUCCAGAGGCAUCAGGUUGUAUCAUAUUGAAAGAGCGCACAACCAGUGGCGACCAGGGCAAGCCACUCCGGCUUCUCAGAGACUGCUCGAGCUCUGGGCGGGGUAUCAAUACCCUGACUUUCUUUGCUGCUCGCCAUGGUCUGCUGAUGGCAGGGGACCAUGAUGGGGGUGUGCAGUUCUGGGACCUUCGGAUCGGCCCAGUGCCGCAGCUGCUGCUGAACACGCCAGACAUGAAAAAGCGACCAACGCAAGUGUUGUCUCUGGCUGCAGAUGUGGGUGGAGAUAUAGUGGUGGCAGCAACAAACACUGGGCGGGUGGAUUUCUGGGACAUUCGACAGUUGGGUGCAUCAAGUUCGCCCAGCCCUGUGACCCUCCCUCUGUAUUCUCUGAAUGCAAGGGAGCAGUUCUUCCCCUAUGCUGGUUCUACGAUUCGCUGCUUGGUGCAAUCACUUGUCCCCGAUCCUGCCAACCCCAGGGCGCUGGGCUUUGUCGCAUUGCUGGAUCACGCGCAAUGGGUGGGGAACCUGGACCUUUGUUCCUUGGCAGUUGUGCACAUGGCAUGCCAGUCAGAUGUCUUGAGUGGUGAUGGGGGAGCACCUGGGGGGAUUGCUGACACAACACAAUGGCGGGGCUCUGUGCGACAAAAGGGAACCUGGCUCAGCGGAGGUGGCACAUUUGUGACAGGGGACUGCUUCAAGCCAUUGGUCCAUGCUGUCAACAUGUACCCUCUGCAGAGGAUGGGAAAACUCAAGGAAUCGAGAUCUGAAAAUGCUGAAAACAGACAACUGGAAGCUGAUGCACCUGUCCAUGACUACCAGCCAAGCAACCCCACUCAUGCCUCUUCCUUCGUUGCUUGUGUGGCAUGCCAUCCAGCGGUCGAUGAUGCAAUUGCUGGAACAGUUGCCCUGCCCUGGGAAUCGGAGAUGCUGUACUAUAGUGUGAAGCCUGGGUGCUGUGGGUCUCUGGACAACAAUCAACGGGAUGGCAUGUUGGGGAUGUACAAUGGGUAG